GGAGAUUUGAUUGGUUUAUUGAAAAACACGUGACUGUAACGAACGAAUGGCGGAAGACCUCAACAGGAAGUAACUGUAUCAGCUGUCACAACGUGAAUUGAAAGUCAAGUGGAGGCAAAAUCUUGCAUUUCUAUGAAAUAUGUUGCUAUUAUCGUGUUAAAGCUUUGUUGGCAUGUUGUGGUUUUAGAGGUAUUUUGUCACCAUGCUUCUAGCCGUGGCUAAUUCCCUCCAUUUUGCAUCGUUUGUACCAGUUUCGCGGGCUGUUUUGCUUGCUACUCGACAUUAUUGUAAGAAGACAGCAACGAAACUGAGAGUAUCCGAAGCCCUUUCGGGGUCUGAGCUGGGAGAAAAUGUCAAAGUCAAGGGGUGGGUCAGUGCCAUCGAAGUCACGGGGACUCUGAAGAAAAGUCCCCACCCAAAGCAGCCGGUGGAACUAGAAGCCCACCAGAUCCACGUAGUGGGGGAAUGUAACCCGGUGGAUUUUCCUUUUAAAAUCAAAGAGAGACACAGCCUGGAGUACAUCCGGAAGCUUCCUCAUCUCAGGUGUCGGACCAAUGCCUUCAGCUCCCUGCUGAGGGUUCGGAGCGAGGCCACGGCCGCCAUUCAUUCCUAUUUUAAGGACAAUGGCUUCAUCCAGAUUCACACUCCUAUCAUCACCUCCAAUGACUGUGAAGGGGCCGGGGAGCUCUUCCAGCCAUCGGGGCCCGGAUUUGAAGAAGAUGAGAACUUUUUCUCUGUCCCCGCCUUCCUGACAGUAUCAGGACAGCUUCAUUUGGAGGUGAUGUCGGGACGACACCUGGCUGAGUUUUUCAUGGUGGAGGCAGAGAUCUCCUUCACCGAGUCCUUAGAGGAUCUCACCAAGGUCAUGGAGGACAUGUUCAGGUCUGCUACGGAGCAUGUGCUGGCUCACUGUGUGGAGGAUGUGGAUUUGUUCCACAGACAUGUGACUCCUGGACACAGGGACACUGUUGAUGCCAUGAUGAGCAAGAGCUUCCCCGUGAUUAGCUACAGCGAGGCCAUAGACAUCCUAACCCACAGUUCAGAGGACUUUACCUUUCCUACAAAUUGGGGUUGUGACCUCAUGACAGAACACGAGAAAUACCUGGUGAAACAUUGUGGCAACGUCCCAGUCUUUGUCACUGAUUAUCCCUACGACCUGAAGCCGUUUUAUGCAAGAGACAACCAGGACCGUCCCCGGCACACGGCAGCUGCCGUGGACCUGCUGGUGCCCGGGGUGGGAGAGCUCUGUGGGGGUUCUCUGAGGGAGGAGAGGCUGGAUCUACUGCAGGCCCGGCUGGAGGAGGCUGGAUUAGAGGAAACCUACAGCUGGUAUCUGGAUCUGAGGCGGUUUGGCUCCGUCCCUCAUGGAGGUUUUGGACUCGGGUUUGAGAGAUACCUGCAGUGCAUUCUUGGUGUCGAUAACAUAAAAGAUGUGAUUCCUUUCCCAAGAUUCUCUCAUUCUUGUCAACUGUGAGGAGAAAAAAAGAAAAUAAAUACAUCUAAAGCCUCAAAUCAUGACUGACUCUUUAUGU